AGAGUGAUUUCAAGGGCGCAUGCGCGUUCUCUCCAACUGUUUUCUGACUCCGGAGUGAUGCAAGAAAUUAAAAUUUCACCCGGGGAAACUGAAAAAGGAUUGGAUGCAGAGGGGAAUCCUGAGGGGACUGAAAAACCGCCGUCCGAAGGAGACAGCAGUGCAUUUCUGGCCAGGAUCUGCAGUCCUGUUACCACGGUAUGCGGUGUUUGUAGAUCCCACUAUGAGCUACUGCGUAAGAUCUUCUUGGGCCUUCUUGGUGCAGCUUUCUUGGCCUUCUUCAUCGCAGCCUGUUGGCUGAACUUCCAGCAGGCCUUGGCUUUGGUCAUUUUAACUUGCCUGGCGCUCCUUCUUGUGACCUGUAGCUUUGUGCAGGAUCAGUGGGGGGCGCAGAUCACCCAGUCGCUGAGCCCCGUCGGAAGGUGCUUCCAGAGUUCCUGGCGCUGGUUGAAAUGGGUGCUUUAUCUCCUCAUCCCAGCCAGCAUUGCCAUCUUCCUGGUUCUCGACCUGUCCCAAAGGAAAGAGCAGUUCGUAUCCCUCGGUGGCUUCAUUGUACUGGUGCUGGGGCUCUUCCUCUGCUCCAGACAGCAUAACGCUGUGUCCUGGAGAACCGUGUUCUGGGGACUCACUCUGGAGUUUCUCCUUGGAAUCUUCAUCAUCCGGACGGAGCCUGGAUUCGUGAUCUUCCAGUGGCUUGGCAAACAGAUCACGAUAUUCCUAAAUUAUACCCGGGCGGGUUCCAGCUUCGUCUUUGGGAUAAAACUGAUUGAAGAAUCCUUUGCCUUUCUGGCUUUGCCCAUCAUCGUCUUCUUCAGCUGCGUGACGUCAAUUCUCUACUACCUGGGAGUCAUCCCGUGGGUGGUCUUUAAGAUCUCCUGGCUGCUGCAGAUGACCAUGAACACCACCACCGUGGAGUCCCUGAGCGUGGCAGGGAAUGUGUUUUUGGGCAUGACAGAGGCGCUGGUGCUUAUCCAUCCCUACUUGCCAGAGCUGACCAGUUCAGAAAUCCACGCUGUGAUGACCGGCGGCUUCGCCACUAUCGCGGGCAGCGUGCUGGGAGCCUACGUUUCGUUUGGGAUAGACGCCGCGUCCUUGAUCGCAGCCUCGGUGAUGGCCGCCCCCUGCGCUUUGGCCAUGGCGAAGCUCGUCUACCCCGAAGUGGAACAGUCCAAGUUUUGGAAUAUGGAGAGUGUGAAAAUUUCCUCUGGGGAGGAGCAGAACAUUCUAGAAGCUGCCAGCAACGGGGCUUCAAUUUCUGUGGGGAUAGUCGGCAGCAUCGCAGCCAACCUGAUAGCCUUCCUGGCUCUGCUAGCUUUCGUCAACGCCAUCCUGGCUUGGCUGGGGAACAUGGUGAACGUGCCGGGACUCUCUUUCGAGAUGAUUUGCUCGUACGUGCUGGUGCCCCUUGCUGUCUUGUUAGGGGCCAGCUGGGAGGACGCGCCCGUCGUGGCCGAGCUGCUGGGGAUCAAGUUCUUCCUGAACGAGUUUGUGGCCUACCAGCACCUGUCUACUUACAAAAAGCGGCGGCUUGACGGACUGCCGGAGUGGGCCGGAGCAAGGAAGCAGUGGAUUUCCAUGAGAUCUGAAACCAUCACGACGUUCGCCCUCUGUGGAUUUGCCAAUCUGGGUUCCACUGGAAUCAUGCUGGGCGCCUUAACGUCCCUGCUGCCACAGCGCAAGAGUGAAUUUUCUAACAUCAUCCUGUCGGCUUUGCUCACCGGAGCUUUCGUCUCUCUCAUCAAUGCAUGCAUUGCAGGGAUCCUCUACGUGCCCAGAGGAGCCAUGAUCGACUGCCCAGCUUUCUUCCAAACGGCCAACCUCAAUUCCACCAGCUACUCGAUCUAUCUUUGCUGCACAUCUUUGUUUGCCAGCACCUCCAAGAGAACCAACAGCUAUGCUUUUUCCAGCCCUUGGCAAAGCCAGGAUGUCAACACCACAGUGACAUACCUCCGGCAAUGCUGCCAACACUAUGACGCCCCAGCCUGCAGGAAUCCUUGACCACCUACCACCGGAUCAGGCUAGUGCAAGAGGGCAUCUUUACAGGGGCCCCACCACUGAUGGAGUAGCCCAAAAAGUCAAAUUUGUUUUCAUACUGGAAAAAAAUAAAACUGUGUGAGCAGA